CAUGCAGUAGUAUUCAUCGCAUUAGUCAUAUAUAUUACAAUUUAAUUUCCUCUGAAUAAAACAAAAAUGUCAAAUUUCAGCUUUUUCAGGUUUCAAUAUGGCACUCCAAGAAAGCCUCCAAACAAACCAGCUCCCCAAAUGAGUAAUAUCUCCAAAGAAACAACCCAAGUGAGCUUCUCCAAAGAAAGGUCUAAAAGGUCUCGUUUUUCAAGGCCUUCAUCCCAACCAAAAGUGGAGGAAGUAAGAUAUGUGUUCGAUAAAUUCGACACGAACAAAGAUGGUAGAAUCAGCAGGGAGGAGUACAAGUCGGCUCUCAAGACCCUGGAUAAAGACAUUGCAGAGGGUGAGAUUGCCAAGACAUUCAAGGCCCUUGACUCUGAUGGGGAUGGCUUCGUUGGGUUCACCGAGUUUGUGGAAACGUUCAACAUGGGAAAUGAUGAGGCAAGAAAGGCGGACAUCGAAAGCGCGUUUCGAGUGUUCGAUGUGGAUGGGAAUGGGAAAAUAAGCGCAGAGGAGUUGUCUCUGGUGUUGAAGAAGUUGGGAGAGAAUUGCAGCCUUGGGGCUUGUAGGAAUAUGGUGAAAGCUGUGGACUCUAAUGGUGAUGGUUUAAUUGACAUGAAUGAGUUUACCAAAAUGAUGGGAAGCUUCAAAACACCAACUGUUUAAAGAGAUAUAUGUAUAUAUAACUUGGUUUUCCCAUACCAUGUUAUAUACGGUCAAGUAAUUUGGUUCUAAUAUUUGUAAGGGAUGUUUGCUUCUGUUCUUAAAUAAGCUAUAUCAGCUGGA